AUGGAUUCAAAGAUUAUACUGAAAGAAAAAAAUCCAAACGAAGAAGCUAACUUUAUCUCUAAAUUAUUUGUCACAUGGACAAUUAAUUUAUUUAAAAAAGGAUAUAAAAAUGGAGUCAAUAUAGAAGACAUAUGGCAAACUCGACAGAGGGAUCUCUCAGGGCAGCUGACUGAUCGACUGGAGGUCGCUUGGGAAAAUGAAUUGUACAAAGCCAAAAGCACUAAGAACUACAAACCGUCGCUGUUUAAAGCUAUCGCGCGUACAUUUUGGCUUGAAUAUAUGCUAUCUGGAAUUAUUGUUGGAUUUGCCUUCAUUGUGGUCUUCCCGUUAAUUCCAUAUACGCUGGGAUUCUUUAUAGAAUAUUUUGCUGGACCAAGAACAUCUGAAAAUUAUAAAAAUGCUCAUAUUUAUGUAUUUUUCAUAAAUGUGCUUAGUGUUGGCACAUUGUUGUUAUUUAACCAUGGUAUGUUAAAUCAAAGCUGUACGGGGAUGAGAGUUAGGAUAGCUUGCUGUUCACUGGUAUAUAGGAAGAUAUUAAAACUCAAUUAUAGUGGAUUAAACAAGACUGGGCCUGGACACGUAAUAAACUUGAUGUCUAAUGAUGUAAAUCGGUUCGAUGUAGCUGUGAUAUAUUUACAUUUUGCAUGGGUAGCGCCUAUAGUAGCGACCUUUGUCACUUAUCUUGUAUGGAAGCUAGUAUCUUGGGCUACGUUAGCUGGCAUAGCAGUUAUGUUUCUCCAGACUGUAGUUGUACAAGUUUAUUUAAGCAAGUUACAAGGAAGUUUACGUGGUAAAAUUGCAAGACGUACUGAUGAAAGGGUGAAGGUGAUGAACGAACUUGUUAGUGGUAUACAAGUAAUCAAAAUGUACUCGUGGGAGGUGCCAUUCCAGAAGGUUGUUGAUAAAUUGCGCAAGCUCGAAGUGAAAUUGAUACUGCGCACGUCAAUGAUCAAAGGAUUCUCGUCAGCACUGGGUGUGUUCACGGAGCGGUUUAUAUUGUACGCCACUGUGCUAACCUUCGUGUGUAUGGGAGGUGACAUAUACUCGGCCAUAACAUUUGCACUAGUGCAAUACUUCAACCUUUUACAACUUACAUGCAACAUCCUAUUUCCAAUGGCAAUGUCUUUUUUUGCUGAAGCAAGAGUUUCUAUAAAGCGACUUGAGGAGUUCUUAACCCUCGAUGAAAUUGAGUUGACUAGCGUAAUAAAUAGUGAAGAAUAUACGAACAGUACGAAGCUUAUUACAAAUGAUACCAAUAACCACGACAAUAAAAUUUAUAAUGAGAAGCAAAAGAUGGUGAUUUCAGAAGUGACAGCCAGCUGGCAACAAGAUUGCAUUACAUUAAAAAAUAUUUCGCUAUCUGCUGCUCCUGGAGAGUUCGUUGGUGUUGCUGGGCUGGUGGGAUCUGGUAAGUCGUCACUUCUCCAACUGAUAUUGGGCGAGUUAGUGCCAUAUAAGGGCACGGUGUCGCUGGGCGGCGCCCGAGUUGCAUAUGCAAGUCAGGAACCAUGGCUAUUUGUCGCUACAGUGCGACAAAAUAUUCUAUUUGGGUUGCCAUACGACCCCGUCAGGUAUAAAAAGGUGGUGACAGCGUGUGCUCUGCUGCGAGACUUCGAGCAGUUGCCGUCCGGUGACGGGACUCUGGUGGGGGAGCGCGGCGCCAGUCUCAGCGGUGGACAGCGGGCGCGCAUCGGACUCGCUAGAGCCUGCUACAGACAGGCAGAUAUAUAUCUACUAGACGAUCCAUUAUCAGCAGUGGACGCUCAUGUGGGCAAGCACCUGGUGUCCGAAUGUUUGUUAGGCUUACUGCAGCACUCCACGCGCAUCCUCGUCACCCACCAACUACACCAUCUCAAGAGCGCGGACAAAGUAAUCAUACUGCAUAAAGGUACAAUUGACAGUCAAGGCAGCUUUGAGGAAGUGUCGCGGACGCCAUUUUUUGCGGAGUUGCUACAAGAAGUUGUUGCAAUGGACGAUGUAUCACCAGUACAGCUACAACGUACCACGUCCAUUGUUUCACAUGUCAGCAAUAAAGAGACACCAGACGCAACACCGAGAGAGACCGAAAAUGAGGACUCUCAGGAAACAGAUGAAAUGAUUAGCAAAGGUCGCGUGGCUGGAUCAGUGUAUACAAAAUACUUCGGCGCCGGAAAUAGUUGGUGUACAUUAUUACUCACUUUUGUGGUCAUCAUUAUGGCACAACUUGUUACGUCAGCUGGUGACCUCUGGCUCACACAUUGGAUGAAUUCUAUAGAUGAAUUGAAGUCAGCCAAGACCCAAGAUAUGAAUAAUACUGAAAGUGAUAUUAACACAAUAGAUAUCUAUAACGAUACAGAAUCAUUUAAUAACAACUUAACUAGUUCAAUAAACUCAACAGAUAUACUUGCCACAAAUAUAACCAAUUCAGAUUUUUCUUCUAAUCCAAAUAUUCAUCAAAUGUACAUUAAUAUAUGGACCAUAUGUAUAUUCGGAUGUAUAGGAUUUACUGCUGGCAGAGCCGUUAUAUUUUUGUGGGUAUGUAUGCGGAACUCAAUAAAACUGCACAAACAAAUGUUCGGCAAUAUACUAGCAGCGACCAUGCGUUUCUUCGACACCAACCCGUCGGGUCGCAUUCUCAAUCGGUUUUCUAAGGAUAUGGGGAUCAUGGAUGAGAUCUUACCCCGUUUGAUGUUAGAUACCAUUCAGGUGUGCAUGGUCAUGACUGGGAUUCUAGUAAUGGUGGCAAUAGUGAACCCCUGCAUGUUGCUAACAACAGUCGUCUGUGCUGUUCUCAUGUACUUUCUGACCAUUUUCUAUUUAAACUCCGCACAAUCUAUAAAAAGAGUUGAGGCUGUCUCUCGAAGUCCGGUGUUUUCCCACGUGUCAGCAAGCAUGGCGGGUCUGGCGACGGUACGUGCUUGCGGUGCUCAAGAAAUACUACGACGACAGUUCGACGAUAAGCAAGACGUACACACAGCCGCUUGGUACUUAACAUUAACAACUAACGCAGCUUUUUCAAUUUGGUUAAGCGUCGUGUCAGCUGUCUAUGUAAUAGUGGCCUCCUACAUAUUUCUCCUAUUGGACGGUGAUGGAAAUUACAAAUCUGGCAAUGUAGGCUUAGCUAUAAGUCAAGGGUUGAUUCUGGUAAAUAUGGUACAACUCGGCAUAAAACAAGCAACGGAUGUAAUAUCUCAAAUGACGAGCGUGGAGCGCGUCUUACAAUUUACCUCGCUGCCACAGGAGCAAAUCGCCGGCCCUACGCCGCCCGCAAGCUGGCCGCAAAGGGCCAGGCUUGUUUUCAAAGAUCUCUACUUGAGAUAUGAUGAGGAAGCCGAACCAGUACUAAAGAAUUUAAAUGUCGUCAUUGAAAGUGGUUGGAAGGUAGGUGUUGUGGGGCGCACAGGCGCGGGCAAGUCGUCCCUGAUAUCGGCGCUGUUCCGGCUCGCGCCCAUCGACGGCCACGUGUUCAUAGACGACAUCGACACCGGCGACAUCGCCCUCAAGUCACUUCGGUCCAAAAUAUCCAUUAUUCCUCAGGAGCCAGUGCUUUUUUCUGCUUCAUUGCGAUAUAACAUGGAUCCUUUUGAUAAAUACUCGGAUUCUGAUAUAUGGAAUGCACUAGAGCAGGUGGAAUUAAAGAGCAGCAUUAAUUCGCUGUCGGCGAAUGUGGCUUCAGGAGGUAACAACUUCAGCGCCGGCCAACGGCAGCUGCUGUGUUUAGCACGCGCCGCGCUCGCUCAUAACAAACUGCUUGUACUUGAUGAGGCAACCGCCAACGUCGACCCCAACACUGACGCCUUGAUUCAAAAAUCUAUAAGGAAACACUUCAGCGAGUGUACGGUGGUCACAGUAGCACACCGUCUGCACACAAUCGCGGAUUCUGAUCGCGUCAUUGUGAUGGAAGCUGGUCAAAUAGUAGAGUGUGGACACCCACAUGAGUUACUACAGAAUUCAAAAGGUCACUUUUAUAGUAUGGUCAGCCAACUAGGGCCUGCCUCAGAACAAAAACUGUGUGAACUAGCAAGAAAUGCUUAUGCAGAACAUGUGAAAAAUUAUAACUCCAGUGAUGCAGCAAAUUUAAAUAGAUAAUUGCUAAUAAAUCCCAGUUAUAUGGACAGAAUAGUA